AUGAACGGCCAAUAUUACUAUCAACCCAAUAAUAAUUACAACUCUCAUGCUAGGAUGAUGAAUCGUCAAGGAAGUUCAAGUCUUCACAAUUAUCAAUCAUCAUCAGCAUCAUCUGAACAGCCAGUGUUUGGCGAACGAGCUUUCCUCUUCAUGUGGGCCCUUCUCUCCAAUACAAGAGAUUGGUUUGUUGAGUAUGCAAAGGAUGUCUUUAAUGCCAUAACUCAGAACUAUGAUGUCUCCUCCUUGAAGGAUAUGAAGGAGAGAAAGCGAAAGAAGAAGGCUUACUUUCAACGUUUGAGACAUCAAAUGGGAUACUUUACUCCCGAUAAGAAGAAGAAACAACAAGAAUCAUCAUACAAUACAUCACCAUUAGAAGGUCUGGAAUCUACUUUGGAUUCACUCACCAAGAUGGAAGAUUUGGAACAACAAUUGAUGAUGCUCAAGGAACAAAUUGCCAUUGUUUCUAAAAACGAGCAAUCUUCAUCACUCAGAAAAACAGUGGCCAGAAAUACAGUCGAGAAGAGGGUCAAAUCCUCCAUUCAACAACAAGCCACCAAUAUUCCACCACCUCCUCCAAUUUCUAACAUUCCUCAACCUCCUCCAAUGAUGAUGAUUCCAGGUGGAGCUGCUGCUGCUGGUGUUCCUCCACCACCAUUGUUGAGUAUUCCAACAGUACCAAUUGUUCUUACCAAACCAAAAUUCACUAUAGUUAAAAAAGACGACAACGAGCAACCUAAGGCUGAACCACUUCAUCAACAACCAAUGUCCAUAUCUGAUUUGAUUAAGAAGGCUGGUUCUGUAAAAUUAAGACCAAUUCAAAAGUCUCCAGGUGGUACUCCAAUGAAGAAGAAUCCAAAUGCAUUCCAAGGUGAAUUGUUUGCUGCCAUUAAGAAUAAGUUCAGUAGUGUUCAUAAUUUACAAAGACAAGAUGAUGCCGAGUCAGAUGUGGAAUCUAGCUCUAGCUUUACUUGUUCUCCAAUUAGAAAACCUGUUCCUCUUUCCAAGGUUGUAGCCUCACCAAAGGUUUCUCCAAAGGUUGUCAAUAAGCAACUCUCAACCCCUAACGAUAUGGAUAAGGAAAAUAUGAGUCCAAAUACUAAGUUUCAACAAGCUCGCAAGAAUAUUGCCAAGCUUUUCGAAAACAAAUAA